UCCAGUGACCUGUUGCCAAGCCGGUCUACCAAACCCGUCUCUUUCUCGCUGAAGCACCGCUGUUCGGUACAUACUUCUUCAGGCCCUUUUCCCUGGGAACCAAUAACUACCAGGGGUACUCCGUCUACCCCUGAUAAACACAGAUUACGCCUUGAACUUCUCCAAUCAAAGCACUCCCCACGCCACCAUCCCGUCCUGCCAUUCCUUAAAUUCCAAGUGGUUCUAAUGCCUAUUUAGUCUAGGCCUGUUCUCGUUCUUUACAAUACGUCCUCUUUACACGUUUCUCCCCUCUCUUUUUCCGUUCUCUCUACAGAACAUCCACGACGUUGGCGUCGCAUCUGCCAAAGCCGCAUACAUCGAUGAAGGAAAGUUCGACUGAUAAGGCCUCUUAUAUAGAUCGCAUACGCUCAUGGGCACGUGGUCACGCGUAUGGAGGCUCUUCAAACCCAACCGCGUCCAACAGCCAUCCUAUCCUUCCCCUAAAUAAUCCACCCGCCGCCGUAGCAUCUCAGGUACCCUCGGAGAAGAGCCGCAAUGCUAGUGCCGGCAACCUCAAUAGCCAACAGGGCUUCCCUAAUGGCUUCACAACCAAUAGUCAAGAUUCUUCGAAAACCGAACAGGAUACCGAAGGUACAAAUAAGUCAACUACGUCGUCACCUGAAGUGGAGGGGUCGGGGUCUGUCGUAGACGACGCAGGUCCUAAAAAGAAACCCAACCUCAUCGUCGAAACCGCCCUCGAAUUCAAAAAGGUACUCCUCCAUAGUUGGAUCAACAUAUUCUUGGUUUGCGUACCUAUCGGAAUUGCCAUUGCGAAUAUUCCGAAUCGAAAUGCCGGGGCUACUUUCGGUGUUAACGCCGUUGCUAUCAUCCCACUUGCGGCCCUCUUGAGCCAUGCUACGGAGUCCGUAGCUCGCAAGAUGGGUGAUACCAUCGGUGCAUUGCUCAACGUGACGUUUGGCAAUGCUGUUGAAUUGAUUAUCUUCAUUGCUCUAGUCAAGGGCGAGAUUCGUAUCGUUCAGGCAUCGUUGUUAGGAUCCAUCCUCGCGAACUUGCUCCUUAUUCUGGGCAUGGCCUUCUUCCUCGGUGGUCUUCGAUUCCGUGAGCAGAUCUACAACAGCACUGUCACGCAAAUGAGCGCCUGUCUACUCAGUUUGAGUGUGAUUAGUCUCAUGUUGCCGACUGCUUUCCAUGCAUCAUUCAAGGACAAGGCAGAGGCAGACAGCGAGUCUCUAAAGAUUAGUCAUGGUGUUAGCGUCAUCCUCCUUUUGGUAUACAUCAUAUACCUUUUGUUCCAGUUGAAGUCUCAUGCAUACAUGUAUGAGUCGACUCCCCAGCACAUCAUUGAUGAGGAGGCUACACCUGGUCCUGCUGCUGCAUGGCUUGAAUCUUCUGAUUCUGAUUCAAGUUCUUCGUCGGAUUCUGACUCGGAUAACUCGAGCCACUCGAGAGAAACCAUGUCUAAGCGUGUCCGACGAGCUAUUCGUGGUCACCGCCGUAGAAAGUCAAGUGUAGCAUCAGUAGAUACUGAUGAAGGCGUUCGAACCCGCACCUCAUCACUUGGUACGAAUAGUGCAAGCCCCAAUCACGAGGGCUCUAAGUCCGGAGACUCCGCCCAUGGCCCUAUCUUUUUCCCUCGUAUAAACUCCAAAGGUAGCGACGAAGCUAUUGAGGAGGAAGACGAAGAUCCUAAGGCCCAUCGUAAACGUCAUAAGCGAUCCAAACGCAAGCAGCAUAAGCGGGACAAGAAAGCACGGAACUCUGUAGACGCUGAAAAUGCUCUCCAAUCGGAGAACAUUACUGCUCCUGGCCCUGAUGCUGAGAAUCCUGUCGCCAACAAUGGAGAACCUCGCCGUGUAGAUUUCGCCGAUACCGUUGAUAACGUCGACGGUAUGCUUGAAGUAUCGCCUUCCGGAAAUAGACGCCCCUUCAACAAUCUGCGUGCCCUGUCUUUGCGCCCUGUGGCUAAGAGCCUAGCACCACCCGUCUUCACCCAACCUUCGGACAUGGGAACCACACCCGCGGUACCAGUCGGUCCUGUGCCGCGCGUCAGAUACGGAAUUCGCAGAACCAAUUCUCUCCCCGAGAGGCUCAACCAAAUCCAGUACAGAAGCCCCGGUGCCAUGAUGCCUUCCCAGGUUCCAGUUUCAGUUCUUACUGGCAAGACUGGCGAAGAAGUUGCGGAACAUGACGAUGAUCUCUCACGCGGUGCAGCUGUUAUUAUGCUGUUGAUCUCUACGGCCCUUGUGGCGACUUGUGCCGAAUUCAUGGUCGACGCUAUUGAUGAUGUUGUCGCGAACAGUGCUCUCAAAGAGACUUUCAUCGGUUUAAUCAUCCUUCCUAUCGUUGGUAACGCAGCGGAACAUGUUACAGCUGUCACGGUGGCUAUGAAGAAUAAGAUGGAUCUGGCAAUCGGUGUAGCUAUUGGCUCCUCGAUUCAAAUCGCUCUAUUCUUGACGCCCCUCGUGGUUAUCAUUGGUUGGAUCAUCGGUCAACCUAUGACGUUGUACUUCACCCUAUUCGAGACCGUUUGUUUGUUCGUUUCGGCCUUCAUCAUCAACUUUUUGAUUUUGGACGGACGAAGUAACUAUCUCGAAGGUGCUUUACUCUGCGCCACAUACGUCAUCAUCGCAGUUGUCGCCUUCUUUUACCCUGAAGGUGAUGCUGCUGGUACAUUAGGUGCCUAGUACGAUAUUCGAUUCUGAAGCAACAAUUUAUGUUUGCUGUCGCAUGAUGCGCUGUUUGGCUCUGGCAUAGUAACACAAUUUGUGGCUUAUUAUUGCUUUGGCAUUAUGCGGAUUUAUGGAUUUUGGAAGUGUUAUUUGACAUUACGAGAUGUGGAAAGUUGCGCGUAUGAAGAAUGAUUUAUGAUUCUUUUUGGUCCUGAUCUUCAGUUGACCACCGGCGAUUGAUUUAUCUUGAUUGCUUGGAUUUGAUUUCUCUUCUAUGAAAAUUACCUACAUAUACGAAGUAUUUUUGCAGGGAAAUAAGCUGAGCCAGCUAACUUGGCCGCUCUGAUUAGGACCACAAGGCGUGCGAACGCAAAUUGGUAUCUACCUUACAUAGUUCGCUAUCGCAGACUCAUUAGCUGAGCUGCUAAGUGAAUAAACAUACUCUCUUUUUGGA